UCGAGCUGCUCGUCAAUGGUCGCCAACAAUGGAGGAAAUGAAGGACAAGAUGAAGGGCCUCAUGAAGAAGGUCAACAACCCCUUCUCCUCCAAAUUCCAAGGCCAAGGUCGCGUUUUGGGCUCAGCUCCCUCCUCUUCUCCCUCUAGGAACCCUCCUCCUCCUGCUACUCUCCCUUCUUCUCGCUCCGUUCUCAAGCCACUCCGCCCUCCUGCCGAUCCUGUACCAGAUACCGAUCCCAAGCCUUCACCGUCCUUCGGCCGUCCCUCAGCUCCGGCGACCAUCGACUGCCCGGUCUGCAAUCUUUCCUUCUCCUCUGAAGCUGAUGUUGCCGCCCAUCUCGACUCUUGCCUCUCAAACUCCGCGGUCACUGCCUGCGUCUCUUCGUUCAUCUCCGGUAAGCCCGGGAAGGAGUCGGUGGAGAUCGUCUUGAAGUUGCUGAGGAAUGUGGUGAGGGAGCCGGAGAAUGACAAGUUCCGCAGGAUCAGGAUGGGGAAUCCGAAGAUCAAGGAGGCGGUGGGGGAUGUCAAGGGCGGGGUGGAGCUGCUGGAGUGCGUGGGGUUUCAGAUUGCAGAGGAUGGUGGGGAGAUUUGGGCCACCAUGGAGGUUCCAGACGAGGAGAGGAUUAGGGUUGUUAAAGAUGCGGUGGCUUCGUUGGAGAGAUUGAGUUUAGAUGAGUCUUCGUCUGCAACGAUUGCACCGAAGGAACCGAAGGAAUUUGGCAGUUCUGUUGAACAAGAGAAGAUUGAUCGGCAGGUCAGAGUGUUCUUUUGUGUUUCUGAGACUGCAGCAGAAAAAAUUGAACUGCCUGAUUCUUUCUAUAAUCUAUCUGCUGAUGAGAUUAAACGAGAGGCUAGUUUGAGGAAGAAAAAACUGGAAGAUUCUCAGCUUCUUAUUCCAAAGUCAUACAGGGAGAAGCAAGCAUUGGCAGCAAGGAAGAAGUACACGAAGACUUUAAUUAGGAUUCACUUUCCGGACAAUGUUGUGCUGCAAGCUGUUUUUCUACCUAGAGAGACAACUGCCGAACUUUACAAGUUUGUAAGUGCUGCUCUGAAGGAACCCGGUAUAGAGUUCGAACUUCUCCACCCCACUCCGCCGAAACGAGUGGUUCCUCAUCUUGCAGGACAAGGAGAGAAGCUGCCAACAUUAGAAGACGUAGACUUGGUUCCUAAAGCAGUCAUCAGAUUCAAACCCAUUGAGAAUGAAUCCAUGGUUUUCACCGGCCUGUCGAAUGCUCUGCUUCAAAUCAGCGAACCGCUCACCGAUUGAUCUGCAUCUAAUGAACAUAUUUGAAAUCCGCAGACUUCACUGAAAGGCGACAAACCCGUUAUUCUGUUAUCAGAACAGCUUAACUGCUUCAGCUAUUAGAUCAGUUCGCAAUUUCUUCAUACCAAACUCAUAACUCAGCAUCAUGUUGUAACUGUGACUAAAGAAAAAGAUGUUGUAAUUCUACAGAUUGCUUCCAUUUGAUAAGCUGUUGAAUUGCACAGCCAACAUAAUCAAAUCAAUUGAUUUGCAUUUGCAUUGACAAGUGAGUUUAUCAUUAGUAUUUAAAUUUGUUUGUUGAUUAA